UGUGGGAUUCAGCACAUUCAUAGCAGUAGGCGGGAACAAAGAUCCAGGUACUAUAUUAGCUCCCUCUUCAUUUUGUCCACACCAAAAGCUUCAAAUCCAACUUCCCAUCAAGACGAAACACCAGCUUCGGAAGGUAACAUGAAGAUGCUUAGCAGCUUGCUGCUUGUGAGUGUCGUAAUCAUUUGGGCAGAGCUGCCAGCGGCAGCUUUGCUAAAGAUACCAGUCAAGCCUGGGACCUGCCCAAGAGAUAUUUGCAGAUGUGUUCCACCGCCUCAACCUGAUCGGUGCCAAAAUGAUCAUUCUUGUGGAGGAAAGCAGAAAUGCUGUUAUUUCUGUUGUGUGAGGAGCUGUAGGGACCCAGAACAAGGGACCAGCACAGUUGCUUUUUAG